CGGUUGUUUCAGGAGGAAGGUUGCCAGAAAAAAUUCCCGACAAUCGAAGAACCUGAAUCCAAGAGAUACGUAACAAGUUAUCAUCGCAUUCCUCCAGGCACAAAGGUAUGAGGGAGGAGAAGCAAAAUAGGAAGGGUCUAUGGACAGAGGAGGAAGACAGGAUUCUCUCUGAAUAUGUGAGGGUGCACGGAAGAGGCCACUGGAACCGCAUUCCCAAACUCACAGGUUUGAAGAGGUGUGGGAAAAGUUGCCGGAUGCGGUGGUUGAACUACCUGAGCCCCAAUGUGAAACACGGCGACUUUUCGGAGGAAGAAGAGGACCUCGUUGUGAGACUCCACAAGCUCCUCGGCAACAGGUGGUCGCUGAUUGCUGGACGGAUGCCCGGAAGAACAGACAAUCAGGUGAAGAAUUUCUGGAACACCCGUUUGCGGAAGAAACUCGGGAUCGAGAAGACAAAGGUAGAAGCUACGAGAUCGAGAUCAUCUAAAAUGCAUUCGUCUGGAUUAGCAGAGGAGACCCAGAGAAUCCUAUCGCCGGAGAACUUUGAUUUUGAACGUCUUCAGAGUAGCGAGGUCACGGUGGCUGGUAAUCCUCCGAAUGCCGUUGAGAUGCGGAAUGAGGAAUUGCAAUUUGGAAGUGUUGAGUUUGGUAAUAGUGAUGGUUUCGACAUGGAUGGUCGGGAAUUCUUGGAAUUCUAUGAUGGGUAUCCUUUUGAUGAAAUUUGGCAAAAUUAAUUAGUACCAUUUUUUUUGUAUAAUUUAUCUGUUUUAGAAAUUAGAAUAAAUUCAAAAAUAAACUCUUUAUUUGCUAUUAAUCCAGCACUAUGCGUGUGAUUAUGUGUUAUGUCUCCAUUAUCUAGCACCAUCACUAGUAAUAGAAGACUGUCACUUCG